AUUCUUGUAGGUGUCCAGCACAUUUUUUGAAGAAGGAUUCAUGGCCGACAUCGAUUUAGAUCAUAGCUGUACACUCAAUAAGAAAAUCCGAAACGCACAGCUGGCUCAGUAUAAUUUUAUUUUGGUGGUUGGAGAAAAGGAAAAAGCAAACAAUGCUGUCAACGUUCGAACAAGGGACAACAGAAUUCAUGGAGAGAUGUCACUCGCUUCUGCCAUCGAUAAAUUGAAGAAUCUCAAGAAAUCGCGUACACUAAAUGCUGAGGAAGAAUUCUGAAGUCCUUCCUUGCUCUCCCUUCU